AAAUUAUUCAUCCUCGAAGAAAUGGCUCAAGAUUCUACUUCUCCCGUCAAAACUACUAAAGCUCUUGAUGAUUAUGUUCUAUUAGGUCGUAGUGGAUUGAGAGUUUCCCCAUUAUGUCUUGGUGCUUUGACUUUUGGAGAACAAUGGGGAUUAGGUACUAGUAAAGACGAUUCGAAAAAAGUUUUUGACCUUUAUUAUGAAAAAGGUGGAAAUUUUAUUGAUACCGCUUGCAUUUAUAAUUUUGGUGAAAGUGAACGCUUCCUUGGAGAUUAUGUAUCCGAUAAACAAUCCGAACUUGUGAUUGCAACAAAAUAUUCAUGUAAUAAUACUUUUAUGCAAAAGGAAAAGAGAUUCAAUCCGAAUUUCGGAGGAAAUCAUCGAAAGAGUCUUGUAGAAAAUUUGGACGAGAGUUUGAAACGAUUGAACAUGAGUUACGUUGACAUUUUAUAUGUUCAUGCUUACGAGUAUCGAACUCCGAUUGAAGAAUUUAUGAGAUCAUUAGAUGACGUAGUUCGAAGUGGAAAGGUUUUGUACGUUGCCGUAAGUGAUAUUCCAUCUUGGGCACUCUCUCGUGCAAAUACUAUGGCUGAAUUACGUGGAUGGAGUCCUUUCAUUGGACUUCAAACGCGUUAUAAUUUGUUGGAUCGUUCGUUAGAAUUUGACCUACAACCUGCCUGCGCUGAACUUGGUAUUGGAAUUCUUCCAUGGAGUAUCGUUGCAGAUGGUUUUCUUACCGGAAAAUAUACGAGAGAAUCAAAUGUUAAUUUAAAAUCCGAUUAUCGCAAUCAAUCAAUUAUAAGCUAUUCAAAAGAUGAAAAAAAUUGGCAAAUUUUAGAUGAAGUUAUUGCUAUUUCAAAAGAGAUUAAUCGAUCUCCCGUUCAGAUUGCUUUGAAUUGGAUUCAACAAAAACCCGGUAUUACUUCUCCUCUAAUUGGUGCUAGAACUGUUGCUCAGCUUGAAGAAAAUCUUAAAUCACUUGAAUUUAAAUUGACACCUGAACAAAUGAAAAGACUUGAUGAUGUUUCUCAACCAACUGGACGUGAAGUUCCAUUUCCUUAUUCAAUGACUAACUUAUUCGAUGCAUAUUUUGGAAAAAACAUACAAGUGCCAAAUAAAUUUGCACCUAUUGCGACUACAUAUAAUUAUGAAAGAUUAUAUUAA